GGUAGUGUUAAAACAUCUUGUUAGCUUUCCGCUCUGUGACCUGCUGUGUGUCCUCCAAAGUUCAAGACUUGACAGCUGGUCAUCUAAGGACAGGAGCAGCAAAAUCAUGGUUUUCGAGGAGAAGAUGAUCAUGAACGGAGAGCCCGAUGAUGAGGAGGAAGAGGAGGAGGAGGAGGAAGAGGAAGAGAUGGUGGAUCCUCUGGAAACAAUGCGACAGAAGUGUGAAGAGACAGAGCACUGCGUUCACACUCGGGAGCGCCUGGAGCAUUGUGAGACCAGAGUUGGCUCCAGGUCUUCAACAACGGAGGAUUGUACUGAGGAGCUGUUUGACUUCCUGCAUGCUCGGGACCACUGUGUGUCACACAAACUUUUCCAUUCAGUCAAAUGAAGUCCUCCCUGACCAUUGCACUACUGGCUGAUGACAUUCUUCAAAGAUUGUAUUAUGAGGAGAACAUGGUUUUAAAUAAAUCCACAUGUGGAUCUGCUGUGUGUUGUAACUUUAAAUGUAUACUACACUGUAUCUGGUUGAAAGUAUUUAAAAAGGUGGAAUGAGUCAACAUUUCAUUAAACUGGAUGGCUUUAAAACCUAA